AGCCAAUCACGAUUUUAAGAAAUAUAACGAAAUGCUUUUAUUCCAGGUAUAAAAUAAAAGUAUUUAUCGUGAAUUGUAACGCCAGCAAUUAUUAAAACUAAUAAGAAGAAUGUUUAGCGUUUAUUAGGAAUUUUCUUUACUUCAUCCGUGUGAAUUUACCUUUAUGAGGACAAUGUGUCAAAAUAACAUUUGACAUGAAAACACGUGUUACAUAACCUAAAAUAGUGUUCAAAUAUUUUUCUCAAAAAUGACCACUGCAACAGACAAGGGAAAUGUUUUGUGUUAUAAGGGCAGUAAUUUUUUUCGUCAGAGAUUAGUUUUAUCCAUUUUAAGUGGUAAACCAAUCCGCAUAACACACAUUCGUGUAUUAGAGGAUGAACCAGGUUUGAAAGAAUUUGAAGUGAAUUUAAUUCGUCUUUUGGACAAAAUUACAAAUGGCUCUGUUAUUGAAUUAAACGAAACAGGAACUGCAGUGUAUUUUCAACCUGGUCUACUUUAUGGGGGCACAAUACAACAUGAGUGUUCAACUCAGAGAGGAAUUGGAUAUUACCUGGAAGCUUUGGUUAUGCUGGGUUUAUUUUGUAAACAACCUUUAAAUGCGACGUUGCAAGGGGUAACAAAUAAUAACAUUGAUCCUUCUGCUGAUUUAAUAAGAACGUCUAUGUUAAGUACUUUGAAAAAGUUUUUCUUGGAUGAUGAGGGACUUGACAUAAAGAUUUCCAAAAGGGGCUUGCUUCCUUUGGGGGGAGGAGAAGUAAUUUUCAAAUGUCCCAUACGUAAGCAUCUCAGACCAGUCAAUUUAUUAGACAGUGGGAUGGUGAAACGCAUUAGAGGAACAGCAUUUGCAUUAAGAAUUUCCCCUGCUAUUGCAAACCGAAUAGUCGAUAAAGCGAAAGGUGUUCUUCUUAAUUUUUUACCAGACAUUUAUAUCAACACAGAUCAGUGUAGAGGAAAACAAUCUGGUAAAAGUCCCGGUUUUGGAAUCCACUUGACUGCAGAGACCACAAAUGGUGUUAUUUAUUCAUCAGAGCAAGUUUCAAAUGUUGUAUCAAAUGGUGAAGAUCCUUCAGUUCCUGAAGAUGUUGGUGUGGCUGCUGCGCAAAGAUUACUACAUGAAAUUUAUUUAGGAGGUGUCACAGAUUCAACUUCUCAAGCUGUAGUGAUUUUGUGUAUGGCAUUGGGGCAACAGGAUGUUUCGAAAUUUGUCACUGGGCCUUUGUCAGAAAAUGCUAUAGGGAUUCUAAGACAUUUAAAAGAAUUUUUCGGAAUUACUUUUAAAUUAGAAUAUUACGAAUCUGAUGAGAGUUUAAAGGGUACCGGGAGUCAAAAAGUCUUGCUAACUUGCGUGGGGUUAGGUUACACAAAUAUCAGUAAACGGACAAUUUAAGACUUCUUAGACUAUUUUAUUUAAACGUUUAAUAAUCAUAUAAAUUACUAAUUUAAAUGAUUAUAUUUUAAAAUGGCAUUUUAUCGAUUCUUAACAUAAAAACAACAAAUGUAAACGAGUUUUAGAUUAUGGGUUUCGCCAGAACACCCUGUAGAGUUUUUGAUACAGUUUCAGUCAAAUAAAAAUUGAAAAAUAUGCCCAUCAAUCACUCAUUACAUCCUAGCCCUGCUGACCAGUUACAAAUUCCUCCAAUUGGAUCAAAACUCAAGUUCUUUGGACACGUGUAUUCCCAUCCCAAAACAUUACCAUUUUCCAUUUUGGCACAGGAAAUGAAUUUUUUACAUGAAAGUGGAUGAGGGAAAUUUCCUUGAUCCAAACAUUCUAUAACCCCAUUACUGUGUAACAAAACUUUGCUAUGUUCAGGAAUUUUUCCAAGAAUGCUCAUUUGCUCGUCGUCGUAAUAGUCGUAUUCGCUCAGGGGACGGACUGUGUUAAAGGAUUGUUUAACUUUUUCAAAUGCUUGAGGUCUAAUUUUUCGCACAAUGAAUGUCUUUGUUGUCAGGGGCAGUGGUGAGGUGGUGGAGUAACGGGAUCUUGAUCUCGUUGUUUUCGUUCUUUGAGUAGAUGUCUUAAUUGUUGUGGUUUUUGUUGGUAUUGGGGCUUGUUGUAUUUCUUGCAAUGCAGUUGCAAUAUCUCCGAGUUCGGUGGUGUCAUUAUCGUCGAAAUUUUCUUCUAGAGAUUGCUGAUUACUUGACUCUUUGUCUUGAUCAAUAGUGUCUUCGGGCUCAUUGCUGAUUUUGGAUGUAGUAGAACGGAAAAAUGGCCUUCGUGAGACGAAUUUAUAUCUACUAUCCGAAACUUUUGUUGCUUUUGUUACAGCUUCUGAAAACAAGAGUUAUUAUUUUGUGACAAAACGUAAACUUUUGACACUGUUGGAAAAAAAAGCCACAAGGUUUAAAAUAACUCGCAAACUUCUAUUUGGGAAACAAGAAAUCAAUAACAGAAUUCUCGCAAUUUUUUCAGCUUUAAUUCAUAAGUUCUUAUUUUUUUGUGACAUGCAUUAUUUACAAGACAAAUGUAGCCCUGAAGCAAUAAAUUCUCUUUUUGUGCGUU